AUGAGGACCCCAAUCCUCUUUGCCCUCCUCUGGCUCCAGGGCUUUUUGGCCAAGGAAGACGAGUGCCAGUCGGUGGCAGGGAGCCCGGACCUGGACAGUGGAGGGCCACCUGUGAGCGUGAACGUCAGCAGCCAGGGGAGGCCAACUGGGCUGGCUGUGAGCUGGUCAGCCCCAGAGCCAGGCGGGUUGGGGUUCACCCUCCGCCUCACGCAGCUGAGCCCCCUGGGCUCUCCCCAGGGGCAGCAGCGCCAGGCCCACACCAACGCCUCCAGCUUUGAGUUCCGGGACCUGGUGCCAGGAAGUCGGUAUCUGCUGGAAGUGACUGCCCUGUGGCCCUGUGGGCAGAACGCCACCACUGUCCUCACGGCCCGCACUGCCCCAUCGACGGUCUGUGACCUGCAGCUCCUCGGCCCCCCGGGGAGCCCAUCCAGCCUGGAGGCCUCCUGGGGUGCUGCCCCUGGGGAACAGGAUGGCUACCAACUUCACCUCUACCACCUGGAAUCCCAGACACUGGCACAUAAUGUCUCCGUGCCCCCAGGCACCUUGGCUUACAACUUUAGUGACCUCUUACCAGGUAGCGAGUAUGGUUUAGAGGUUACCACCUGGGCUGGCCAGCUGCAAGCGAAGACCAGCACCCACCAGUGGACAGCUCCUAAGUCUCCAGAGCGACUGGAGCUACGGACCCUCGGCACCAGUGCCCUGCGAGCCUCCUGGAACAGUUCUGAGGGUGCCGCCUGGCUGCAUCUGCUGCUCACAGACCUCCUGGGGGGUGCCAACCUGACAGCAGUAGUCAGACGGGGGGUCUCCAACCAUACCUUCCUUCAGCUCUCUCCUGGCACCCCCUAUGAACUGACCCUCAGUGCUGUGGCUGGGCCCCACCGGACAGUGGGACCCAACGCCACCGAGUGGACCUAUCCCUCUGCCCCCCUGGACCUGGAGCUCACGCCCCAGCCCCCAGAGCUCUGGGCCAGCUGGAAAGCAGGGCCUGGAGCCCGCGAUGGCUACUUGCUAAGGCUCACUGGCCCUGUGGAGAAAAACACCACUCUGGGCCCUGGGGCCCUGAACGCCACGUUCCCAGGGCCCCUGCCUGCAGGAGACUAUGCUCUGGAGCUGAUGGUUUGGGCUGGACCCUAUGAUGCCUGGGCCCAGGCCAGUGCCUGGCUGGAUGGGCCCCUGCCUCCACAGAUCCUGGAGAUCAGGGGCAGGGACAGCCCCUCUGAGCUGGCCAUUGGCUGGGCCUCAGCACCAGGACAGCGGGAAGGCUACAGAGUCACCUGGCACCGGGAGGACAGCCAGAUGUCACCAGGCGGUCUCGUAGACUUGGGCCCGGACAAUUCCAGCCUGACGCUGAGAGGUCUGGUGCCGGGAUCCUGCUACACCGUGUCCGUGUGGACCUGGGCAGGGAACCUCAGCUCCAGCAUCCAGAGUGCCCGCGCCUGCACCCUUCCUGCCCCUCCAACCAACUUGAGGCUGGGCCCUGUACCCCACACCCCGGUCCUGAGGGCUUCCUGGAGCCCCCCACCAGGGGGCAGGGAUGGCUUCCGCCUUCGGCUCUAUCAUCUCAGGCCCCUGACUCUGGAAAAAGAGGCCACUCUGACUGCAGAGGCUCAGAACUUCUCCUGGACCCAGCUGACCCCAGGCACCGAGUUUCUGGUACUGCUGUGCACGCUGCGAGAGGCGGAUGAGAGCCGCAGCGUCAACGCCACCGGCUGGACACCCCCCCUCGCCCCUCCUCUGAUAAACGUGACCAGUGAAGGCCCCACCCAGCUCCAGGCAUCCUGGGCCCAUGCUCCAGGGGGCCGGGAUGGCUACGAGGUGACCCUGUACCAGGCGGGGGUCCCGAGAGGCACCAAUGUGGUGGGAGCCGAGGUGGACAGCAUGGGCUUCUCAGCUCUGACUCCCGGCACUGAGUAUGAGGUGGAGAUCGUCUCCCGGGCGGGGCCCCUCCAUGCUGCGGGGGUCAGCGCCUCCGGCUGGACCUCCCCGCUCACGCCCAGUGAGCUGCUGGUGUCCAUGCAAGCCGGCAGUGUGGUGGUCAGCCUGGUGUGGGCCAGCGGCCCCUUGGGGCAGGGGGUGUGCCACGCGCGACUGUCAGAGGCUGGACACCCCUCCAGGGAGCAGCCCCUGGCGCUCGGCCAAGCCCACCUCCUCCUGAGGAACCUCACCCCUGGACGCAACCUCUCCCUGUCUGUGCUGUGCCAAGCGGGGCCGCUGCAAGCGUCCACUCACCCCGUGGUGCUGCCCGUUGAGCCUGGCCCCGUGGAGGACGUGCAGUGCCUGCCUGAGGCCACUCACCUGGUCCUGAACUGGACGAUGCCUGUGGGGGACGUGGGCACCUGUCUGGUGGUGGCGGAGCAGCUGGCGGCGGGGGGACACGCUCACCUCAUCUUCCAGGCCAACACGUCCAAGGCUGCGCUCCUGCUGCCGCGCCUGGCACCUGCCACCUCCUACCGCCUCAGCCUCACGGUGCUGGGCAGGAACGGCCUGUGGAGUCGGGCGGUCACCUUGGUGUGCGCCACUUCUGCAGAGGCCUGGCACCCCCCAGAGUUAGGGGAAGCCCCGCAGCUGGAGCCUGAGACGGGGAUGGGAGUGAUGAUCACUCGGGGCAUGUUUGGCGAGGACGAUGGGAAGAUCCAGUGGUACGGUGUCCUGGCCACCACCAACAUGUCAUUGUCCAGGCCUCCCCAGGAAGCCAUCAACAACACGUGGUUUGACCACUACUACAGAGGACAUGACUCCUACCUGGCCGUCCUGCUUCCCAACCCCUUCUACCCGGGGCCCUGGGCUGUGCCGGGUUCCUGGAUGGUGCCUAUGGGUACAGAGAACUGUGGCCAGACCCAGGAGAUAUGUAAUGGACGACUCAAGCCAGGUUUUCAGUAUCGGUUCAGUGUCGUGGCUUUUACCAGAUACAAUUCUCCCGAGACCAUUAUUUCCUUCUCUGCCUUCUCAGAGCCCCGGGCCAGUGUCUCCCCGGCAGCAGUGUCCCUCCCUGGGGCAGUGGGCAUUGUGGCGGGCUCUGUGCUCACCAUCUGUGCUGUGCUGGGUCUGUUGUGCUGGAGGCGAGUGAAGGGACAAAGGGCAGAGAAGAACCGAUUUUCCCAAGAGUUGAUGGCCUACAGCCCUCGGCGGACCCACCGGCCAAUCCCGAUUCACAGCUUCCGGCAGAGCUACGAGGCCAAGAGUGCACAUGCCCACCAGGCUUUCUUUCAGGAGUUUGAGGAGCUGAAGGAGGUGGGCAGGGAGCAGCCCAGACUGGAAGCCGAGCACCCUGCCAAUGCCAGCAAGAACCGUUACCCGCACGUGCUGCCCUACGACCACUCCCGGGUCAGGCUGACCCAGCUGGAUGGAGAGCCCCAUUCUGACUACAUCAACGCCAACUUCAUCCCAGGUUACACCCACCCUCAGGAAUUCAUUGCCACCCAGGGGCCUCUCAAGAAGACUCUGGAGGACUUCUGGCGGCUGGUGUGGGAGCAGCAGGUCCACAUCAUCAUCAUGCUGACCGUGGGCAUGGAGAACGGCAGGGUGCUGUGUGAGCAUUACUGGCCGGCUGACCCCAGCCCUGUCACCUAUGGCCACAUCACUGUCCACCUCCUGGUUGAGGAGCCUGAGGAAGAGUGGACCAAGCGGGAGUUCCAGCUGAAGCACGUUGCCCAGCAACAGCAGAGGAGGGUGAAGCAGCUGCAGUUCACCACCUGGCCUGACCACAGUACCCCUGAGGCCCCGGGCUCCCUGCUGGCCUUCGUGAAGCUGGUGCAGGAGCAGACACGGGCCACCCAGGGCACCGGGCCCGUCCUGGUGCACUGCAGUGCCGGCGUGGGCCGCACCGGCACCUUUGUGGCCCUGUUGAGGCUGCUGCAGCAGCUGGAGGCCGAGCAGACGGUGGACGUGUUCAACGCUGUGUAUGCGCUGCGGCUUCACCGGCCGCUCAUGAUCCAGACCCCGAGCCAGUACAUCUUCCUGCACAGCUGCCUCCUGGACAAGAUUCUGGAAGGGCCCUCUGCCUCCCCUCAGUCCCAGCCCAUCUCUGUGAGGAACUUUGCACAGGCCUGUGCCAAGAGAGCGGCCAACGCCAAUGCUGGCUUCUUGAAGGAGUAUGAGCUCCUGCUCCAGGCCAUUAAGGACCAGGACGGCUCUCUGACGCCUCCUCCUGGCUAUGAUCGGGACAGCGUGGUGCCCUAUGACCAUUCUCAAGAGCCGUUUUCUCCGGAGGAGGACAGUCCCCCUGACCAGCUGCUAGAAGCCUGGCUUUUCCCUGGAGGGUUGUCUGGCCGUGACCACGUGGUGCUGACCGGUCCUGCAGGGCCCGAGGAGCUCUGGGAGCUGGUGUGGGAGCAUGGGGCCUACGUUCUGGUUUCCCUGUGCCCACCUGACACCAGGGAAGAGGUGAGGGACAUCUGGCCCACGGAGACGCAGCCUGUCGUCAUGGACGUGGUGACGGUGCACUGGGUGGCUGAGAGCAGCACAGCGGGCUGGCCCUGCACCCUCUUCAGGGUCACACACGGGGAGAGCGGGAAGGAGAGGCAGGUGCAGCGGCUGCAGUUUCCGUGCGGGGAGCCGGGGCGUGAGCUGCCCGCCACCACCCUGCUGGCCUUCCUGGCGGCCGUGGGCCAGUGCUGCUCCCAGGACAGGAAGAGGCCAGGCACGCUGCUCAGCCACUCCAGCAAGGGUGUGGCCCAGCUGGGCACCUUCCUGGCUAUGGAUCAGCUGUUGCAGCAGGCUGACGCUGAGUGCACCGUGGACGUCUUUAACGUUACCCUUCAGCAGGCUCAGGCCUGUGCCCACAUGACCCCAACGCUGGAGCAGUAUAUCUACCUCUACAACUGUCUGAACAGCGCACUGCUGGACGGGCUGCCUUGAGCCCCACUGGUCAUGGAACCCAGGUGGCUGGAGGGCCAGCCCAGUGAGUCCCCUCUGGCAGGUCUUCCCUGAAGAACCCUGUGUUUAGAAGGGGCAGUGCCUGGAAUAAAGAAUGUGACCACCGGGCCCUCCUGGUGGCGCAGCAGGUUAAAGCACAGC